AUGUACCAUCCAACCCUCCUCCUCACCCUGAUGGCGGGCUCCACCCUAGCCGCCUUCAGCUUCAAUACCGCCGUCACUGAGGGGUUCACCUUUGAUGGCCGCUUGCCCACCACCGGGGUCUCCUCGGCAUGUAGCACUGCCUAUUCAGCAUCCAUAGACUGCGAUGCCAGCUUUCUGCAGCUUCGUGACUCCACCGAGGGGCCUAGUCUCUUCACCAAAGCUGGCCUUGAUAAGGUUUGCACCACUGCGUGCAUUGAUUCUCUCAAUGCCUGGGACAGAAAGCUGCACCAGGAAUGUACCGACCAGGAUAAGCUCUUUGCUGAGGAGCAGAACCUCGUCUAUCUCAGCACUGCUUUGGAUGGCACCUACCUGAUCCAGGAGAACCUGUAUUGGCCGUUCUGUCUCAGGGACUCCACCACUGGAACUUUCUGCUUGAUAGACACGGGUCUUUCCGAGUGGCCAACUCUCGCAGCCGCUAACGACGCCUCCGCCGUGAGUGCCUUCUGCGGUAGCGACUGCCGCAUGCAGGAGUCGUUCCUCAUGAACCUCUACUACAAUGACUAUGACCUCGUUGAUGCCGAAGCCGUGUGCACAGGCCUCAACGUCUCCUCACUUCCCAUGAGUGUCAACAUGGAGACUACCUUUGGGUCCGUACCGUCUUCGCAGGAAGGCGUUAUUGGUGACAAUACUGGCGGGAAGAUCCUUGGCGGGGAUUACAGCUGGGAGUUCCUCAUGAAGGGCGCUAGGAGUGCAAGUUCCGCGGGUUCUGCAGCGGGAUCUACAGCGGGCUCUGUAGCGGCUGGAGGAGAGGCGAAGGGAGUAGCAAUGAAGGCCGAGAUACCGGGGGUCGUGUUUUUCUUGGCUGUUGCGGGUGCGGGUGCGUUGUUGAUGUAG